UCUCAGUAUCCUAGCGACUCUCAAUUAACUUUUUUCUCUGUGUUUCCUCUGUCUCUAAGCUUUUUUUUUGCUUUUCUCAUGGCUGCCUCUGUUGAUCCUCUUGUUGUGGGCAGAGUUAUUGGUGACGUUGUAGACAUGUUUGUUCCCACUGUGAACAUGGCUGCCUACUUUGGCUCUAAGCAUGUGACAAACGGAUGUGAUAUCAAACCCUCAAUAGCAGUCAAUCCUCCAAAAGUGACACUCACUGGUCAUUCUGACGAGCUAUAUGCUCUGGUGAUGACAGAUCCUGAUGCUCCUAGCCCUAGUGAGCCCAACAUGCGAGAAUGGGUCCACUGGAUCGUUCUGAACAUUCCUGGUGGAACAAACCCAAGUCGAGGGAAGGAAAUACUGCCUUAUGUAGGGCCUCGACCCCCAAUUGGAAUUCACCGCUACAUAUUGGUGUUGUUUCGCCAGAAGUCUCCACUAGGACUCGUGGACCAGCCACCCUCGCGUGCAAACUUCAACACUCGCUUCUUUGCAGCACAGCUCGAUUUGGGUUUACCGGUUGCCACUGUGUACUUCAACUCUCAGAAAGAGCCAGCGAGCAAGAGACGUUGAACACUUUGCAUAUAUAUACAUAUAUGUUGGCGUAGAGUGAAGUGAAGUAACUCAUAAAACAAUGAAAAGUGUGUCAAACACUUGUCUUUAUAUUAAUGUUUUUCUUAAUGAAUUAUGCUUUAGCU